AUGACGACGGAAAACUUGGGAGGGGGAGGGGGAAAGGCCACUCACUUACACCGCCGCUCUUGGAACUGCGGGUGUAAGAUCUGCCCAGGUUGCCCGCGUUCUUACACUUCCCAACGCAACGCGCAAGCAACGCAAGCAAAGCACAACAUACAUUCUUCUCAAAAGAAGAUGCCUUGUAUUCUCGAGAAACGCAAUUUCGUUUCCAGAGAUCACAUGCGAUGCACCUUGUAG